CAGAGUUGUUACAGCUGAUUGUCAGCUUUUUUACAUUUCAGUAUUAACAUUUCUCAUUAUAUAUUUGAGAGGUUGUUUGGCGACGGAAAUUUUGUUUUAAUCUGUCGCUGCAGGUGCAGCAAGAGGCUUAAUUCCGAGUGUCGUUGAUUAUGGUGUAGAGGAAGCGUUUCUCUGAGACAGCAGGAGAGAGCGUAGGGUAGCCAUGCUGACGUUGGCCAGUAAGCUGAAGAGGGACGAGGGGGUGAAGACUGGCAGGGCCCCUGGGGGCCCCUCCGACUCCUCUCACAGGGUCUCUAUCAGGGACCGGCUGCUCAUCAAAGAAGUUGCAGAACUUGAAGCCAACCUUCCUAGUACGUGUAAAGCCAGCUUCCCUGAUGAGAACAAGCUACAUCACUUUCAGCUGGCUGUCUCUCCAGAUGAAGGCUACUACCAGAGUGGAAAAUUCCAGUUUGAAAUAAACGUCCCUGAAGCUUACAACAUGGUGCCUCCCAAAGUGAAAUGUCAGACCAGAAUAUGGCACCCCAACAUCGCUGAGACGGGGGAGAUCUGUUUGAGUUUGUUGCGGGAGCACUCUAUCGACGGCACUGGCUGGGCCCCUACGAGAACAUUAAAGGAUGUAGUCUGGGGAUUGAACUCCUUGUUUACCGAUCUACUGAACUUCGAUGACCCAUUGAACAUCGACGCGGCCGAGCAUCAUCUGCGCGAUAAGGAGGAUUUCCGGAAUAAGGUUCAAGAUUACAUCAAGCACUAUGCAAGAUGAUGACUGCGUCAGCUGCGCCGGCUGCCUGCAACCCCCCCUUUCUUCGACUGCGCAGCUGAACCCCGCCCCCUAACGUCUCGUCAACCAACCAACCGCUGCACAUUGCUGACACGCCCUGACUGCAAUACGAUGACGCUGAAAGAAAAAAAAGAUUUACAAGAAAAAUUGUUUUUUAAAAGUUUGAGGGAUUAUGCUUUAAUUGCCCUGAGUGGCCUAGAGUAAUCAUGCUGCGUCACCGCAGGGAUUGUCCAAUGACGGGGCCUCUCUGUGUGUCUGAGCCAAUAAUAGUGAGCGCAUGUGGCAGUGAGGACCCGGGAUUUAACCAAUCCACUUAGCUGUUAUUUAAGAAUUGACGAAUCAAAGAGAGAGAUUAUCUGUUAGUGUUUCUCAGUUCUAGUGCCUGCCAUGUCUGGUUGCAAAGGAAAUGCACACGAGCGCACACACACACACAGAAUCCCUUCACGCACAUUGAAAAGCAAACACACUCAACUAGUUACUCACAACACACAGCACUUGGUUGUGCAUGCACACCCACCCAGCCACACAGAAACACACACAGCUGGAAAAACAACAUCUCUGUUAUGUCACUCAUUCAAGGCCUGCACUCCCCCGCCCACACCCACCUCAUCAGACAGCAUGUGAAUGACAAGUGCCACCGACCCAGUCAGUCCCCAUUCUAGUGUCCACUUCACUCAGCGUACGUCUGAAAUGGCACCCCUGUAUAUUACCCUACUUUUGACAAGAGCCCUAUAGGCCCUGGUCAGAAGUAGUGCACUACAUAGGGAAUAGGGUACCACUUCCUGUCUGUUCUGUUCACUCAUCCACAGGGGGCACACAAUUUACCGGUGCCCCAGACACACUGUAACACUGUCCAGAUGAAGCUCCUAGGAAAAGACUCAAGCUGUACCACAGUACAAGUUCUACCACCACACCUGAACCUUGACCUUAUCUCAGCUCCCCUGACCUCUGGGGAAGCCAAACGUAGAGGGCACUGUGCCUCUGAAAGUCUGUCUGUCUUGCUCCAUCCCUCCAUCCUGACAUUUCUCCCUCCACUCUCUUAGGCCCCACCACACUCAUGCAUUCUCCUCUGCCCCCAUGGAGGUAGGGGGAAUACGAGGGCUCUCUUCUCUGCUAGGUUGUGUAUGAGAGUCCUCUGUUGUGAGGCAAGUGAGGUGUCUAAAGGGAAGGGCCUGUGGUCUCCUCUGUAUGCAUGUCCUCAUGUGUCUGAAUGUCCCCCUCUAUGUGUGUGUGUUUCUGAGAGAUAUGUAUAUCUUUGAGUGUGUGGGUUUGUUGCUUGGCUUUGCCUGGGCUGGCGUUGUGCCUGUAUGUGUGCAUAUUGGAACGUUAGAUUCAGUGUCAUCACUGUAUUAAAAAAUUGUAUUCACAUGUUUGCAUGAGGCAAAAUGUAUGUGACCAGGAGGUGGUGUAUUUUACAGUAGGUAUGUUAGAGGAGUGUGUGUGCGUGUGUGUGUGUGUGUGUGCGUGCGUGCGUGUUCAAAUGGACAGGGGUUCAUGUGACUUGUUUUUAGCAUGCUCUGGUUCCUAGCCCCACACUCCUUAUUUUACUGGUCCAGCUAGCCUAGUUCUCUGUGGGGCUCGGGAGGGUCUGUCUGUUCCUCAGUUUAAAUCCUCCUUUUCUUUCUCAGAUUGUAUAUCAAUUUUUUAAGAUAUAUUAAAGAGGAUAUAAUAAGGAAAAACA